AAUUCUAUAAUUAAAGAAAAGAAAAAGGAAAUGCAUCUAAACUCAGAGGGAGCCCUUGUUUUUGUUGUUAUUUUAUACAUAAUGGUUGUUGAAGAUGCUUCCGGCAGAAGACACAGAAAUAAUAUUUAUGGAAUCUGCUCAAAAUCUCGAGAAACUGUUCGGGAAGUCUCACAUUGUCCAUCAACUCCAGAGGAAAGGAGAAAGAGGGCAGAGGUUAUGAGAUGUGGCUCCGUUGUUCAAUCGUGUACCCGACCUCAUCGUUUUGUAUAUCACUGCCUGCCAAAUUCAUUUUGGAACAAGACCAUAGAAGUCUGCGCACCUAAACAACAAAUUGUUCGGCACAAAUGUGCAGAGUAUAACGAAAAAGGCACCAGAGUUCAAACCAACUUUGAGCACUCGUGUUUAGAAGCUGGUAUUUCUUGUCCGGUUUAUUACUCCUCCGACGAAGCUUACAAAUAUCAAUCAUGUUACAAACUAGAGAGUAAUUACCACACAACAAAUGCUGCAACAAAUAAUAAAGAAACAACACACCCCUGUGCUACAAAGUGA